CGUGUUCUAACGUUUGCUAGCUGGUUAGUAUCAGGGCAGAACUCGUGUUAGAGAGCUGUCGACUUUGCUAGCAGUGUACAUGCUAGACGCUAACUGUUUUUACAGAAGACGAACUUUUUAACAUGUAGCUAGCUAUUAGCUUCUGCUAUCUUUUUUUAUUUAAAAUGGCUGAAACGUUACCUCCGACACGGAAAGGAUUCCUGGACUUCAGUCCAAUAAAGAGAGAGGACGUUAACAAGGAGAACGACGUCCCGGUGUUGGUUUUGACCCUGUUUUCAAAGGCUCCCUUUGUGGCAUUUGGGACAGUAAAGCUGGGCACCUCCAGGUCAGUUGUUCUGCGUAUUGAGAACCCGAAUGAGGAUGCAGAAGCGGAGGUCAUUGUUGAAAAGAUCCCAUCAAGUAAAGGCUUUUCUGUGGACCACAACACGUUCACGAUCCAGCCUGAGGAUUCAUUCACUCUGACAGUAACCUGGACCCCAACAGAAGAAGGUGGAAUCAGAGAGCUCAUCGUCUUUAGUGCCAAUGGGGUCCUCAAGCACCAGGCUGUGCUGCUGGGGAGAGCAGAGGCACCCAAAAAGAAAAAGAAAAGCUUAUGGGACACAAUCAAAAACAAAAAGGAGGGUGAAAAAGUCGCUGCGCCUAGGAGAAAGAAAACAGAACAACCACUGAAGAUGGCGGCCAACAAAACCUUCCAAGUGUCCCGAAAGCCACAGUACAAACGGGAAAAGCCACGCAGCCCACUUGCUUCUCUCAAUGAAGGCAAAGCUGUCAGAGAGAGGUCCCUCUCCAAGCACAGUCCCAUUGACGAUUACUCCCGGAAAUCAGAGGAGCAGAAGGUCUUGAAUCCCACCCAGAGGCAACGGUCUCUGGGAUUGUUGAACCAGGAGAAUAUCCAUCCUGUUCAGAGGAAUUCUCCUCUUGUCCUACUCGUCCCAGCUGGAAAGCUGAUGGACUCUGGCAACGUGUCUGUGAGCCCAGAUGUCUCGGUGGGCAAACCUGAUAAUCCAGAUCUUACCAAAAUGCUCAACAGGACGCUGUCACCUAUUGGGACACCAGAGAUGUUUAAGAAGCUUAUGCCACGCAUUCAGUCAGAUAGCCCACUUUCUGUUCCUGAAAAGCCUGUGGCUGAUGCUGAUGAUGCUGACAGUGUCUUAAGUGGAGCCCCUGUUCUCUCUUUGAAAGAUGCUCUCCUUCUCAUUGACUCGGAUCUGAGCCACAUUAUCACCAGUCCUCGAGAGACUAGUUCCAGCUGUGGCUUCUCAGAUUCACUGGAAUCCAAGAGUGGGAAUUAUGGCUAUGGACAUGACAGAGAUGCCAUCAAAGCAUUACAUGACAGCCCACAGGGGUCAGAGCCCAGUGAGCCAAGACUUACUUUCUUUGUCAGCAAAAAGGUUGUUGUGAGUGACGUUGUAGUUUCAGAGGCAGGUGAUGCUACGGAAGGGGUCAAAAAGGCCUCUUUUUCCUCUGCCACAGUGACCAAGGGCAAGGCACCAGUGGAGGCAAACCUUUCCAGUGGCAGGAAAUUAAAAAAGUCAAGGCGAAGGCUAUUGGAGAAAACACUUGAGCUGUCUGACAGCAGCAGUCAGUGUGAGUCUGGACCAGGCACUCCAAACCUUCCUGUUAUAGACGUUGACAGAGACACCCGGGGACGGCUAAAUUCUGAGGCUGCCAGCUCCCUGUGUGACAAUGGACACCGAGCCCAGGAGUUAAACCCCUCCAGCCUGACUCCAGGGCUUGACAGCUCACCUGCACCCAUCACCUUCCCCAUCACCUCCCCUCCAUCUAUGGCACCUACUCGCUUCUCUUUCUCAGGCCCUUCUCCAUCUCCUGUAACCCCCACUUCCAUCGCUUUUACUGUCACCUCGCCAUCGCCCCUGGGCUCAUCUUCUCCUCUCCACCACAGCCUCACACCUCGCAUUUCUCCAACUGUUUUGGCACCUCAGUCGGUUCAGGAGGACUUGUUUCCGGUUCACAUGGCAGUGAAGAGCAAGAAGAGGAAGAGUGAGGAGUAUUUGAGAAGUGAUGAGAAGACCGAGGAUGCUGGGAAAACUGAGCAUGUCAAAAGGAGCAGGGUGGUAGCUGGAAAACCUGGGCCCCCAAGAUCAGUCCAGGAGAGGAGAAGUGUGUCCCAGAGGCAACAGCCGAGAACAGCAGGCUCUGUGCGAUCAAUGAACACAACAUCUCUAAAGACUGCGAGGUCUGUCGUUCCUGCUCAGGCAAAGCAGUCAAGCUCCAAACUCACCUCACGAGGUGUCCAGCCUCUGAAGUCAUCUGUUACUUCAUCAGCGAAGACAAAAGUUGUUGCAGUUGCACAGUCAAAGCUGACCUUUAUUAAACCGUUGCAAACAGCCAUACCGAGACACCCGAUGCCGUUUGCUGCUAAGAACAUGUUCUAUGAUGAGAGGUGGAUUGAGAAGCAGGAGCGAGGAUUCACGUGGUGGAUCAACUACGUCCUCACCCCAGAUGACUUUAAAGUUAACACUGAAGUUGCUAAAGUGAGUGCUGUGUCCCUCGUCAUGGGCAGCGACGACAAGUACAGCGUGCCUAAAGCUCCCACCAAAGAGGAGAUGUCUUUCAGCACCUACACGGCCCGACGCAAGCUAAACCGCCUUCGUCGUUCAGCCUGUCAGCUGUUCACAUCGGAGGCCAUGGUCAAGGCUAUUCAGAGGCUGGAACUGGAGGUCGAGGCCAAGAGGCUGCUCGUCCGAAAAGACCGCCAUCUUUGGAAGGACAUUGGUGAACGCCGAAAAGUCCUCGACUGGCUCCUGUCGUACAAUCCGCUGUGGUUACGGGUUGGGCUCGAGACGAUCUUCGGGGAGUUGAUCUCACUGGAGAGCAACAGCGACGUCUUGGGUCUGGCUAUGUUCAUCCUCCAGCGGCUGCUCUGGAACCCCGACAUCGCUGCUGAGUUCAGACACUCCAAAGUGCCCCACCUUUACAAAGACGGCCACGAGGAGGCACUGUCCCGCUUUACUCUGAAGAAGCUGCUCCUGCUGGUGUGUUUCCUGGACAAAGCCAAAGAGUCCCGGCUGAUUGAGCACAACCCCUGUCUGUUCUGCCUGGACGCAGAGUUCAAGACGAGUAAAGACCUUCUCCUGGCUUUCUCCAGGGACUUCCUGAGCGGAGAGGGGAUCCUCUCCCGGCACCUCGGCUACCUGGGGUUACCUGUCUCCCACGUUCAGACGCCCCUGGACGAGUUCAACUUCGCUGUGAAGAAUUUGGCAGUCGACUUGAAAUGCGGCAUUCGUCUAGUGCGUGUGAUGGAGCUCCUCAUCCAGGACUGGAGUUUGUCGGCCAAGCUCCGUCUGCCAGCCAUCAGCCGCCUGCAGAAGGUCCACAAUGUCAACAUUGCUUUGCAAGUGCUCAAACGCAAAGGGGUUGACCUUAAGGAUGAAAACGGCUCUAACAUUGAUUCCAGAGACAUUGUGGACGGACACAGAGAAAAGACACUGAGCCUCUUGUGGAAAAUCAUCUUCGCCUUUCAUGUGGAGGUGAUUUUGGAUGCGGAUCAGCUGAGGGAGGAAAUUGGCUUUCUGAAGAAAACCUCAAGGACCAAACGGAGGCUGGCAUCUCUGAGGGCUGAUCGGGGCCCUCAGCCGAGUCCUGCAAAGACAAGGGCGCCGUAUGAACACAGCAGCACUAAGAUCACCCUGCUGAUGGACUGGGUCCGAGCUGUGUGUGACUUCUACAAUCUGAGGGUGGAGAACUUCACCGUGGCAUUCUCGGAUGGCCGCGUCCUCUGCUACCUUAUCCACCACUACCACCCCAGUCUCCUGCCAGAGGAGACUGUCAGUCACAGCACCACCCAGACUGUCGAGUGCUCACCGAGGGGUCGCCUGGAGCUCAACUGCUCAGCCAGCGACUCCGACAACUCCUUUGACUCCUCGCCGACAGGCCUGAAUGGCCCAGAUUCUCCGUCAGUGGAAUUUAAAGAGCUGCUGGAGAAUGAGAAAAACAACUUUAGACUGGUCAACACUGCUGUGUCUUACCUGGGAGGAGUUCCUGCUAUGAUCAACCCAGCUGACAUGUCCAACACCAUCCCCAAUGAGAAGGUUGUGAUGUCUUACCUGUCCUUCCUGUGUGCUCGUCUUCUGGACCUGCGGAACGAAACCCGAGCAGCUCGGGUCAUACAGGGGGCCUGGAGGAAAUACAGAUUAAAGAAAGAUCUGCAGCUCUACAAGGAAAGAAACAUGGCUGCUGUGAAAAUCCAGUUAGUUGUGAGGAGUUUUCUCCAGAGGCGCAGAGCUAAGAGGCAGAAUCAAGCUGCUGUUGUCAUCCAGUCAGUGUGGAGGGGUUACGCAGCACGCAACAGGCUGAGGCUAAAGAAACAGGCUCAACUUCGGGCUCUGCAACAUGAAGCAGCAACUGUCAUCCAGGCUCAGUGGAGGAUGUUUUCGGCCAUGAGCGCUUACCAACGCCUCAGGUACUACGCCAUUGUUGUCCAAGCACAAUGGCGAAUGAGGAGGGCCGCCUCCGCUUAUGGAAGAAUCUACUGGGCGGCAACUGUCAUUCAGAGGCACUCGCGAGCAUGGGCUCUGGCAAGAAGAGAUCGGGAACAUUAUCUUUCCCUUAAAGCUGCAACGGUGAAAAUACAAAGCGGGUACAGAAGAUGGAAAACCCAGAAAACAGAGAAGGAAAACCGUGCUGCAAGAGUGAUACAAGCCGUGUUCAGGAAAUGGUACAAGGAAAAAAUGUCUGAAAAAAUUGCUGCUGCUGUGAAGAUUCAGUCUUGGUAUAGAAUGCAGAGGUGUCUCCAUCAAUACAGGAAGAUUAAGAGAAGCACUGUGCUGAUUCAAGCCCUGUACAGAGGUCAUGCACAGAGGCGUUGGUUUCAGAUAUUAAAGCUGCAGCACCGUUCAGCUAUUGUCAUUCAGAGGGCCUUCAGAGGGCAUGCUGUCAGACAACAGGUGGCGAAGAUGAGAUGUGCUGCAGUCAUAAUCCAGCGCUGGUACAGGGCCUCUGUGAAAAGAGACAUGGAAAGGCAAAUGUUUGUGAGGAUGAAAUGUGCCGCCAUUACCAUACAGGCAGCUUAUCGUGGAAAAGUGGCCCGGGAGUUGCUGAAAAAACAGCACGAGGCAGCAACCAUAAUCCAGGCAGCUUUCAGGAAGUACACUGCCCAAAGGCGCUACCUUGUCCUGAGAAAAGCUGCAGCUGUGAUACAGCAAAAGUACAGAGCCACAACUUUGGCUCGUAAGACAAAGAAGGAUUAUGUUGCUCUUAGGAGUGCUGCACUUGCCAUACAAGCAAACUGGAGAGGCAGAGCUGUCAGGAAGAGAAUAGAGAAGCAGCAUCAGUGUGCAACAUUGAUACAGGCUUACUACCGUCGGCACAAAGCGCAAGCAGAAUACAGAUCUAAGAGGGCCUGCGCCUUGACCAUACAAUGUCACUACAGAGCUUGUGUGGUUGGAAAAGAGACGAGGAAAACAUACCUCCACAUGAGAGCAGCUUGUGUUACAGUCCAAGCUGGAUUCAGAGGCAUGAGAGUUAGGACAGAGCUGAAGAAAAAGCACCAGGCAGCGACUGUCAUUCAGUCGUCAGUCAGGAUGUUUUUAUGCAGGAAACAAUAUUUCCUCUUACAAAGUGCAGCAAUUAUCAUCCAAAGCCGAUACAGAGCUCUCCUUGUUUGCAGGGCGCAGCAAAAUGAAUACAAAGAGCUAAAGCAGGCCACCAUAAAGAUACAAGCUGUCUACCGGGGAUUUAGAGUGAGAGAAGACCUAAAGAAGAGGCACAACGCUGCCACAGCAAUCCAAGCUCAGUUCAGGAUGCACAGAAUGCGUAUGGCUUACCUUGCCACCAAGUGUGCUGCCAUCAUUGUUCAGGAACGCUACAGGGCAAAAAUGCUCAGGGAUCAACAGGUGCAGAGAUACAAGACAAUGAAAUCCGCAGCUUUAGUCAUCCAGGCAGCAUAUCGUGGCCACAGGGCCAGGAGCAAGAUCGUAGAGAUGCAUGGAGCUGCUACAAUCAUUCAGAGAAAGUUUCUCACAUUUCGGGAUAGAAGGAGAUUCUUAGCUAUCAGAGCAGCAGUUUUGGUUUGUCAGCAGAGGUACAGAGCAGUGACCCUGGCAAGAAAAGAUCGUUUUGACUAUUUGUCAAAGCGCAAGGCAGUCAUCUGUUUGCAGGCGGCCUACAGAGGAGGUAGGGUCAGAAAGCAGUUGCGCAUCCAGCACGUGGCAGCUGUAACAAUCCAGUCUCACUUCCGAAAGUACCAGCAGAGAACCUACUACAAGACUCUCCACAGGGCUGUCAGUGUUUUGCAAGCUCGCUACAGAGCCAACAAGAAAAUGAGAGAGCAGAUGCAAGCCCUGAGUGCCAAGAGAAAUGCUGCUGUUGUCUUACAAGCUGCCUUCCGUGGAAUGAAAUCCAGACGAAUCGUCAAACAAAGGCAUCAAGCUGCCGGUGUUAUCCAGAGAGCUUACAGAGCCCACUGUGAGCGCAAACAGUAUCUUACCUUGAAAUCCUCCAUCCUCAACAUUCAGCGGAGGUAUCGUGCCACUGUAGCAGCAAAGGAACAAAUGAAACUAUACCAGCAAAUGCGCAAAGCAGCCGUCAUCCUUCAGGCAGCAUACAGAGGUCAGCAGGUCAGAAAAGAGGUUGCUCGUUGGCACCAGGCUGCCACUGUUGUACAGUCUGCAUUCAGAAAGCACAGAGAGGAAGUGAAAUUCCAGGCCAUGCGUCUAGCUGCCAUUAUCAUCCAGAGGCACUAUCGCUCCUGUAUUCUUCAAAGGCAAGAAAGGGGAAAGUUCCUAAAAGCCAGACAUUCUGCCAUUGUUCUUCAGGCAGCUUUCAGAGGCCAUCGUGUGCGGAGCAGCAUCGCCAAGAUGCACAGGGCAGCUACUGUCAUUCAAGCAAACUUCAAGAGGUAUAAACAGCAGUCAGCCUUUAGGAGACAGCACUGGGCAGCAUGUGUUCUACAGCAGAGGUUUAGAGCUCAGAGACAGCGAAACAUUGAGGUAAAACUUUAUCAACGGCGCAGAGAAGCAGCCAUCAUGUUACAGGCUGCAUAUCGUGGAAUGAAAACAAGGCAGAACAUCAAACAAAGGCAUCAGGCUGCUAGUGUUAUCCAGAGAGCUUACAGAGCUCACUGUGAGUGCAAGCAGUAUCUUACCUUGAAAUACGCCGUCCUCAGCAUUCAGCGGAGGUAUCGUGCCACUGUAACAGCAAAGGAACAAAUGAAACAAUACCUGCAAAUUCGCAAAGCAGCCGUCAUCCUUCAGGCAGCAUACAGAGGUCAGCAGGUCAGAAAAGAGGUUGCUCGUUGGCACCAGGCUGCCACUGUUGUACAGUCUGCAUUCAGAAAGCACAGAGAGGAAGUGAAAUUCCAGGCCAUGCGUUUGUCUGCCAUUAUCAUCCAGAGGCACUAUCGCUCCUAUAUUCUUCAAAGACAUGUCAGAGGAAAGUUUUUAAAAGUGAGAAAUUCUGCCAUUGUUCUUCAGGCAGCUUUCAGAGGCCAUCGUGUGCGGAGCAGCAUCGCCAAGAUGCACAGGGCAGCUACUGUCAUUCAAGCAAACUUCAAGAGGCAUAAACAGCAGUCAGCCUUUAGGAGACAGCACUGGGCAGCCUGUGUCUUACAGCAGAGGUUUAGAGCUCAGAGACAGAGAGACAUUGAGGUAAAAUAUUAUCAACAGCGCAGAAAAGCUGCCGUCAUGUUACAGGCUGCAUAUCGUGGAAUGAAAUCCAGACGAAACAACAAAGACAGGCAUCGAGCUGCCACUGUUAUCCAGAGAGCUUACAGAACACACUGCAAGCACAAGCAGUAUCUGACCUUAAAGUACUCCGUCCUCAACAUUCAGCGGAGGUAUCGUGCCACUGUAGCAGCAAAGGAACACAUGCAAAAAUACCAAAAAAUGCGCAACUCAGCAGUCAUCCUUCAGGCAGCAUACAGAGGUCAGCAGGUCAGAAAGGAGGUUGCUCGUUGGCACCAGGCUGCCACUGUUAUACAGUCUGCAUUCAGAAAGCACAGAGAGGUAGUCAAAUUCCAGGCCAUGCGUCUAGCUGCCAUUAUCAUCCAGAGACACUAUCGCUCCUGUAUUCUUCAGAGGCAAGAAAGGGGAAAGUUCCUAAAAGCAAGACAUUCUGCUAUUGUUCUUCAGGCAGCUUUCAGAGGCCAUCGUGUGCGAAGCAGCAUCGCCAAGAUGCACAGGGCAGCUACUGUCAUUCAAGCAAACUUCAAGAGGCAUAAACAGCAGUCAGCCUUCAGGAGACAGCACUGGGCAGCCUGUGUCUUACAGCAGAGGUUUAGAGCUCAGAGACAGAGAGACAUUGAGGUAAAACAUUAUCAGGAGUUAAAAAAAGCUGUCAUUAAUCUACAAGCUGCCUUCCGUGGAAUGAAAUCCAGAAGAGUCCUCAAACAAAGGCAUCACGCUGCCAGUGUUGUUCAGAGAGCUUACAGAGGCUACUGCGAACGCAAGGAGUAUCUGAAAUUGAAAUUGUAUGUCCUUAUCAUUCAGCAAAAAUAUCGGGCUUCUGUUGCAGCUAAAGCACAAAGAACUCAAUACCUGGAAAAACGCAGUGCCGCUGUCGUCCUUCAGGCAGCAUACAGAGGUCAGCAGGUCAGAAAGGAGGUUGCCCGUCGGCACCAGGCUGCAACUGUUAUACAGUCUGCAUUCAGAAAGUACAGAGAGGAAGUCAAAUUCCAGGCCAUGCGUCUGUCCGCCAUUAUCAUCCAAAGACGCUAUCGCUCCUGUAUUCUUCAGAGGCAAGAAAGAGAAAAGUUCCUCAAACUGAAGCGAUCCACCAUCACCAUUCAGGCAGCGUUGAGAGGCUGGGGUGUCAGGAGGGACAUUAGGCGACAAAACCGAGCCGCCAUUGUGAUCCAAUUGUGCUGGAGAUGCUCAGUGCAGAGGCGUAUCUUCCAACGAAAGAGGGAGGCAGCUGUGAAACUUCAGCGGAGGGUCCGGGCAGUGCAGUUUAGCAGAUUGGAGAGGAACAACUACCUCCAAAUGAAGAAGGCUGCCAUCACUCUUCAGACGCACUGUCGAGCCUGGAUUGCAAGACGACAGGUACUAGAGAGCGCCAAAGCAGAGAGGAGGCUCCGUUUUACAUCUGCGGUCUUCCACCAUCUCAGUGCCAUGAAGAUCCAACGAGCUCUGAGAGCCCACUGGGCUUUGGAGUCAGCCAAAAGACAAAUCCAUUCUGUCAUCACCAUACAGCGAUGGGUGAGAGCGAGGCAGCAGAGGAGACGUUAUCUAGAGGACAGGAGGAAGGUGGUUAUAGUUCAGAGAGCGGUCAAGCGCCUGUUAGCUCGUCGCCACAAGGCCGCGUCCGUCAUCCAGCAGGCCAUCCGCAAAUUCCUCCUCCUCAGGCACCAGAAGAGGGUUCAGCGUGGCAUCAUCAAAGCUCAGGCUCUGUGGAGAGGACACCGCUCCCGCCGACUGAAUGACAAUCCCAAAGUGGUGAAGUUGAGACACAAUUUGCGCAAAGUCUCCGCCAGCGUCCGAGAGGAGGACAAACUUUGCAACAAGACAUCGUCUGCCCUGGACUACCUCCUUCGAUACAAACACUUCUCCUACAUCCUAGAGGCCCUGAAAAACUUGGAGACUGCCACCAGGCUGUCCCCAGAGUGCUGUGAGCGACUGGUAGAGAGCGGAGCCACCAACGUCAUCUUCACACUCAUCCGCUGCUGCAACAGGAGUGUCCCCUGCAUGGACGUCAUCACCUACUCCAUCCAGAUCCUCCUCAACCUCUCCAAGUAUCACAAGACCAUCGAGGCGGUGUAUUCAGUGGAAAACUCUGUGGAGACGCUUUUAGACCUCCUGCAGCGGUACCGGGAGAAGGCAGGGGAUAAAGUGGCAGAAAAGGGCGGCAGUAUCUUCACCAAGGCCUGCUUCCUUCUGGCUCUCCUCCUGCAAGACCAGCACCGUGCUGUGGAGGUUAUGAAGCUUCCCAAGCUCUUGGAUAGGAUACGCAGUAUUUACCGCCUCACCGCUCGCAAACAGAAGAUGGACGCUGAGAGAACUGUGAUGAAACAGAAGAUGAAUGCAUCACUGAAUGGGAGCUUCUUCGUUCAGGCAACGCCUCGCAAAUCCCGCCCUGUGCCAAAAUUUGCACCGGACUGGGUUCUCAGAAAGGACAAACUCAAAGAUAUUGUGGAUCCUCUCAGAGCCAUUCAGAUGGUGGCACACACUCUGUCGAUUGUAUUGUAAAUAGACUUUUGCAUCUUGUUUCAUCAUCUCAUUUUUUUCAACUUCAGAAAAUAUUGUUUUAUGUAUUCUUUUAGCUUUUUAUUCCCAUUUCCAUAUUUCCCUUGUAUAUAUUAAAAUGGAUUUGUUUCUUAAACAUUGGCCAGUUUCAUGGAUCUUUGUCUUUGUGUGUGUGUGUGUGUGUGUGUUCAUCGAUGGGAGCCAAUGAUUUUACCAGUUGGUUAGUUUGCUGGCCAUAAUACCAGUGCAAUUAAUAUUUACUUUAAUCUUCUUUAUCUAGUGUGUUAGCAUUUACCAAAUAGCCCUAAACAUAACUACCAAAAUUAGUAGCAUAAUUUUUUGAGGAUCAAGAAUGUUUAAAGUAAUUUUCAGGGUAAUCCGUCCUAAAGCUGUGGAAAUUUCUCACUCUGGACCAAAGCGGUCCAAUAUAUAUUUGUUUUUGUACAAUUUCUCAUCUGUAUUAAUAAAGUACUGACUCUUUGUU